AUGCCUUCCCAUGUGGCCCUGGAAUAUGUGUCUGGAAUAUGGGUGCAGACUCUGGGCCGUGCAAACUUCGAGACUCAGCAUCACUUGCCAUCUCCGCUGAGAACUGUUCCGACCGAUGCACAACACCUGCUGUCAGUGGAGAACCGGUGGGGAAGGCUGCUCUACAGGCUUCGCCAAGAGCUUCUUAACUAUGUGGACGAUAUUGACAGCUCUCAACUCAUCAGCACGGCCUGUUGUUUGUACCGCACACAAUCUGCUCGAGGCCUGGGAGAUGGGCAACGCUUGCUCAGCGGUAAGGUUCCAAGAGGGCUGCAGGCCGAGGUUGUUGGGAGCCCUCGAUCUCGUACCCGGCGUUCGGUAGCCUUGCGAAUUUGGGAAAUCCCCACCGAUGCCCGCAGGGAAGGGCAGGAAACAUGCCUGUGGUCUGGCUCAAUGGCGAAGCGGUCGCUGACCCCGUUGAGAGACCUAGCUCCUGCUAGGCUGGCUUUAUCGGUCGCUGACUUACCAGUUACAUACUCCCAGAGACCGCCGUCUAUGAAAACAGAAAGGGAAUCUACUGGAAGUCGCCGCUCGCGGAAAGAGGUUGAAAGGAGCUUGCGGACGGCGCAGCGCUCUCAUGCAAGCACAACCGCCAACUGCUUCCAUGCAACACCCACCUACAACACGAUUAUCAAUGCUUCACCGGCAACGCCAACUUUACCAACUUAUCGCGGACCGUAUACGGACGAGGCGAAAUCUCCCAAAAUAAUGCCAACCGACUCGCCGCUGCUUCCGGCCCCUCAACCUCAACCCGUAUGCAUGAGUACUACGCAGCAUCCCUUGACGGCUUUUUGUGAUAAAACAUUGGACCGGCUCGGCCUCCCCAGAUAUGUUGGCCUCCCCCCACGAGCGGACGCUCCGGCUCACACAUCAGUGCCCCACUGUCUCGCUGUUUGUCUCUGGAGGGGCGUAGAAGGUGCCAUCGCGGCUCGUGUGAAAGAGUCGUCGUUCGUUGGCCGCAUUCUCGUCUCGGCAGUCUUGGAACUAGAAGCAGAGCUGCGGCGGCUACGAAGGGUGUCCGCGCCCGUCGAUCAAGGCGAAAAUUGCGCCCCUGGAGCGGCAGUUCAGGGCAAUGCUGUGCAGCCCGCGCGUGCUUUGAAGUCGAAGGGGUCCGACAUUCCUAUAGAUCUGAAGGCAGGAACCCGCAAGAAAACGGGCAAGAAACGAAAGUACCAGGCUGCAAUACCCGGACUUGAGCUAUUUAUGACCCACAGGACCGAAGGAGGUGGCGCCGGUCAGGAGCCAGCGCUGUCUAGGCAGGCAUCUAACGCGAGGAAUAUAUGGACUGUGUUUGCGGUAGCAGAUUGCGUCGUUGGGUGUUGUAAUCCAUCGGUCAUCGGUUGUGUGGGACCAAAAGGUCAUUCGUUGUGCGUUGCCGCCCGGCCUUAUCGUGAUCCCACUUGGCGGAUCCUCGAGUUCCAGCCGCGCCCUGACCUCAAAACAACAACGGUGCCAGUGCAUCCAGCUCAACCCGAGCUCCUCCUGACGGCAGAUUUGUCGGAGCUUCAUGUCGACGAGGAGCUUGAAGGGGAGAGCACCGACCGGGACGAAGGGAGUGAGGCGCAGCAUGCAAAUGAGACUUCCUGGGCAAUAAGUCGAGGUGAUGCCGUUUCAUUCGGGUCGGGGCUGCUAGUCCAGAUUGGUGGCUGGGCAUCACUGACCCCUUCUUUCUCUGCGGUGCAUCCAACGAUGUCUCCGACUCACUUACGCCGUAAAGAUAGAGAACCUGUUGUCCCGCUCCAAAGAGAAUCCCUAAGUCACUGGGACUAUCUCAGUGAGCGCCGUUCUGUCCUUCCGAUUCUCGCUCGUCGAGUCUCUGAGAUGUCAAGUCCCGGUCUCCGUGUCCACAGUGAAAAUUUCCAGUCGCUUCAAGUCCUCAAGGGUAAGGUCAUCCCGACAACGACGUCUCCGAAGCGUCAAGUCAACGCGAGCAGGGGUGCACAGUUGAGCAGAAAUCCAUUUGAAAGGCAUCCACUACCGAUGGUGCGCCGGAAACUGCUUGGUGCGAACUACUUCACCUCCGGCUACUGGCUAUCAAGUUUCUAUUCUCCAGAUAUCGAUCUCGGGAAUGUCCUUCAUGACAACGGUAUAGCCUCCGACAAUUGA